AUGGCAGCAGGCAACAAAGGUGAUGAGCAGAUGUCCGGCGACGGCAAGAAAACUCCGGCGGUGACACGGCCACAGCAGCCCUCUCCCGCUCCCCAGAAAUGCCCAAGAUGUGAUUCGCCAAACACCAAGUUUUGCUACUACAAUAACUACAGCCAAUCCCAACCAAGGUACUUGUGCAAGACGUGCAGAAGGUACUGGACUAAAGGAGGGGUGUUGCGCACCGUCCCCGUCGGCGGCAGCUGCCGGAGAACCAAGAAAAUUAUGAAAUCUUCCCUCGCUGCAAUUACUGAUCUCGGCGGACUGGGAUACCUUAACGGUGGUGUCUCUCCCCCCUUGGAUUUUAAUCUGCUGGGCGGGAUAAAAGUUCCCAGCUACAACACUUCAGCCGCCGCUCUUAUCAGCCAGUUAUCCGGCGCUCUUUUGGCUAUGCCGCCGACAAACCCUUGCUUCAGUCUCGACCCAUUACCGUGCUCCUCCAUUUCCAGUUCUUAUUUACUUGAUACUGGAAAUAGUGGUGCAUCUCAAGAACUGGGCAGCCUUGCACCCCUAAUCCAGCCGGUGGGCACUGUAAAUCAAGAUUUGCAGUGGAAUUUACAGCACAAGAAAAUGCUGGGUGUUCCUGCUGAUCUUGAGAACCAGAUUCAAAACCCACAACCCAUCCUCCUGUUUCAGAACCUGGAGAUUCCGACACCACCAUCGGAAUCGUCUUUUGGAAGUAGUUCAAGAAUCGCUGAAGCUACUGAAUGGCUCUUUGACGACGACCCAACUACUUUUGGAAAUGGGAGUGGAAACGCCGGAGACGACGACUGGGACGAUCUCAUUCAAGCUUGGGCCACCAACUUCAAUGAAUUCAGUGCUUUGCCAUAG